AAAAGCAAAAGCAUUGCACAAACGGAGCUCUCUCUCUUCUCUCCUCUCUCUCUCUCUCUAUCUCUCCUCACAAGUCUUUCUCUCUGCAUUUAUUGUUGGGAGUGUUUGGGUCUCUGUUUUGUGCUCAGUCUUUUCUGUAAAUUGCUGAGAUAUAUAGAAGCUGUAAUGGGUUGCUUUCGCUGCACAGGGGAAUCAAGCAAAAAGUCAGAGCAUCAAAACAACAAUUAUAGUAACAAAAAGAAUAAGCCUGACGAUCGAGCCGCUUCAGGUGCAUUGAAAGUCAACCCAAAUGUGAAUGUAAAGAAGCAGUCUGAUCAUGAUGGGAAAGAGCAAUUAGAGUCUAAGGAUGACCAAUUAGCUUUGGAUGUAAAGGGUUUGAAUUUGAAGGAGAUUUCAAAGGAUGGACGUGGCGACCUGGCAAAAAAAUUUACCUUUGAUGAACUAGCUGCUGUAACUGGCAAUUUCCGGUCAGACUGCUGUCUAGGUGAAGGAGGUUUUGGAAAAGUUUACAAAGGGCACAUGGAGAAAAUCAAUCAGAAUGUAGCCAUCAAGCAGCUUGACCUUAAUGGAUGCCAAGGAAUCAGGGAAUUCGUUGUUGAAGUUUUGACGCUAAGCCUCGUUGACCACCCUAAUCUUGUAAGAUUGAUUGGUUUUUGUGCUGAGGGAGAUCAGAGGCUAUUGGUUUACGAGUACAUGCCAUUAGGAUCUUUGGAAAACCAUUUGCAUGAUCUUCCACCUGAUAGGGAAGUACUUGAUUGGGAUAUGAGAAUGAAAAUUGCAGCUGGUGCAGCAAGGGGCUUGGAGUAUUUGCAUGAUAAAAUGAAACCCUCUGUUAUAUACCGUGAUCUAAAGUGCUCAAACAUUCUGCUUGGUGAAGGAUAUCACCCAAAGCUAUCUGAUUUUGGAUUGGCCAAAGUAGGGCCCAGUGGGGAUAAGACCCAUGUUUCCACAAGGGUUAUGGGGACAUAUGGCUACUGUGCACCAGAUUAUGCAAUGACAGGCCAGCUGACGGUUAAAUCAGAUAUUUACAGUUUUGGGGUUGUUCUUUUGGAGCUCAUUACUGGUAGGAAAGCAAUUGAUCAUACCAAAACUGCCAAGGAGCAUAAUCUGGUUGCAUGGGCACGGCCUUUGUUCAAAGACCGGAAGAAGUUCUCGCAAAUGGUUGAUCCACUGCUCCAAGGUCAAUAUCCCGUGAGAGGUUUGUACCAAGCUCUCGCUAUUGCAGCAAUGUGCCUCCAGGAGCAGCCUAAUAUGCGGCCUGUCAUAGGUGAUGUUGUCACUGCUCUAAAUUACCUUGCUUCCCAAAAAUAUGAUCCCCAAAUCCAUCCAGUCCAAACCUCUCAGAGGAGUCCAUCACCUAAUGCUAGAAGUGACAGUGAUAGAAGACAAAUUGAAGGAAACGGACCAGAUAGAGAGACUGAGUCAGACUAAAUUGUGGAUAAAGUUGACUCAGUACCUUUUUGCACUGUUCAUAUGGUGUUCUUAGUUAUCAAAUUUUACAUCAUAGAAGAUAACCUGAACUGCUUUGAACCUUUAUAUUUACAUACAGGGAAAUCUCUGCCUUCUUCUCUCAUUCCUUUCAUCGAUGUACAAGUGAGCUCGGGUUCUUGUACUCAGUGCCUCUUUGUAGGAAUGAUUUUCCCAUUUGCACAGUUUAGCCAAAAUUUUCCUAAUAAUAACUUCUCUUCUCAUGAUCUUUCUGUGGA